AUGUAUUCCAACAACAUUUUGAGAGCAUCACUUUUGGUGAUUGCUGUCACCCUUCUCUGUCUGUCAGAGCAAGGAUAUGCCCAAGAUCAACCACCAGCACCUUGUGGAUUUACUUCUCCAAGCGGAUAUGAAUACGACCUGUCCCCAUUGGCUCUAAACAACUCUGCAUACUACUACCACAUCAGAAAUCUCAAGUACUACUGGAAUGUAUGUGAGCAAGUCCAUGAUCCAAAGGGAUACUGUGACAGCCCAUCUGGAAACGUCCAAUCUUGCCAGGUCCACAACAAGUGGUCUGUCUCCACCAAUGGUCUCCUGAGCACGGCUGCCUACUCAGAGCUUGACUUUGGUGUUUCCAUCUUGUACACUAAUGGCUCUCAAUGCUGGAACAGAUACCGUCUGGAGCAGAGAUCUACUCGCAUCAAUGUCUACUGCUCUGACUGUGAGACCGAGGUUCUCUACCUGACUCAGCUCAACGACUGUGUCACUCUUAUUGGAAUGAAGAGCAGAGCUGGAUGCCCAGCCUCCGGUACUACCACAACUACCUCGACCACCACCGGUACCUCAACUACCACUGGCACAUCCACUACCUCUGGUACCACCUCGACUACCACCGGUACUUCCACCACCUCUGGCAACGUGACAACCGACACUUCCACGACCACUGGUACCUCCACCACAAGCGGAUCAACUACCACCGGUACCUCAACCACCUCUGGCAACGUGACCACCGACACCUCAACGACCACCGGAACCUCCACAACUAGCGGAUCAACUACCACUGGUACCUCCACCACCUCUGGCAAUGUCACCACUGACACUUCAACGACCACCGGUACCUCGACAACCUCUGGAACCACCACUGGUACCACUUCUGGCAAUGUAACAACAGACACUUCAACAACCUCUGGUACCUCGACCACAAGUGGCUCGACUACCACCGGUACCUCAACUACCUCAGGUAACGUCACCACCGACACUUCCACUACCACCGGAACAUCUACCACCAGCGGAACUACCACUGGCUCAACAACCUCUGGUAACGCCACCACCGACUCGUCCACAACCACCGGUACCUCAACUACAUCUGGAUCAACUACCACUGGUACUACCUCGGGUAACGCCACCACCGACUCCUCGACCACCACUGGUACCUCAACAACAACUGGCUCGACCACAACCGGAACCACUUCCGGAACUACCUCUGGUAAUGCUACUACUGACACAUCAACCACCACUACCGGAACAACCGACCCAUCGACCACCACUGGUACUACCGACCCAUCAACUACCACCGGUACUACCGACCCAUCGACCACCACUGGCACUACCGACCCAUCAACCACCACUGGUACUACCGACCCAUCAACCACCACUGGCACUACCGACCCAUCGACCACCACUGGCACUACCGACCCAUCAACCACCACUACCGGAACAACCGACCCAUCGACCACAACUGGUACUACCGACCCAUCAACUACCACCGGUACUACCGAUCCAUCGACCACAACUGGUACUACCGACCCAUCUACUACCACUGGUACCACCGACCCAUCAACCACCACUGGCACUACCGACCCAUCGACCACAACCGGAACUACCGACCCAUCAACCACCACUGGCACUACUGACCCAUCGACCACCACUGGCACCACCGAUCCAUCGACCACCACUGGCACCACAACCGGUACUACCGACCCAUCUACUACCACUGGCACCACCGAUCCAUCUACAACCACUGGCACCACCGAUCCAUCCACCACCACAUCCGAGACCACCGCCGCCGACACCACGACCACCGGCACUACCUCUGCCAACCCAACUACCACCGGUACCACCACCUCUGAGACAACUGCUGCCGACACCACCUCAGCAUCGACCACCACCUCUGAGACCACUGCUGCUGACACCACUGGCGCCACCGGUACCACCACCACAGAGACAACUGCCAGCGGCUCAACAUCUGCCACAACCACUGCUUAA